UUGUUUUGUCCGUAUAGUGGAGGGCAAAAUAGGAAAGAUAAUUACUGUUCCUUUACUUCUUAAUAUCUGUGCCCAGCCUUAUGUUGCAUUAUUUUAAGAACAGAGGAAGUAUAAAAUAGUUAGACUGUUAUUUUCUGUACUAACUUUAAUCGAAUCAUAAACUUCUCUAAUUAGUAUACCCAAACCUCCACAUUUCUAGUUGCAUCAUCAAUGACGAAACAUGGUUCCCCUGAUUUGGAUAAGAGAAAAUUUAGCAAGCUAUUCGAUGCAAUGGAGUGCAUGGUGCGAACGCAGCAUGCGCAUCUCGAUUACCUUCUUCAAGAACGAAAAAUUCUUCAAGACAGGAUCGCAUUAGAAAAUGAACGAUGGGUUUCUGACGUUAAACUUUUGCAAGGUGAAAUUGAUCAGGUAAGCAUUUAAAAUAUUUGGUGUUCCCUUCAAUAGAGUAAGGGUUUUGUGUGCAAGAUCAAGUUAAAUUUGAUGCUUUGAUUAAUGUGGGGUUGUUUUUGAAUUUCUCUCUACAGAUCAGGACUGAAUUGUCAUCCAGUGAGGUGGGGAGUGUGGCUGAGGCUGCAUAAUGGGAAGUGAUCGUAGGAAUAAAAGAGCUAGAUCUCCUUUUACUUAAAGAUAAAUAUGACAUUGAGAUUUCAAAGCUGGUGGCUGAAAAGAGCUCUGCCGGGAACCAAAAUCACAAACUUGAAAAUGAAACAAUAAAACAAUUGAGACAAAAAGGUACGGAGGUUGAUAUAGCGAACAAGAAGAUGGUGUUGGGAAUAACAGGAUCGUGCUAAUAUGAGAGAAAAACACUUCUAUUACUUUCAAGAAUAGAAAGAAGAGACAUACAAGCUCUAACUAAAAACUCUCAAAACACCUCACAUAUCUCUCAAGGAUAUUCACAACUCAAACUUGGUUGUGGUAUUCUAAUCUAUGAUCUAAAUUGCUUGAUGAUAGAAAGACUCUUCAAGCUCUCUAUUUAUAGCACCAAAACUAGGUACUAGGAAGGUGGGAGGAAGAUGGGUGGAAGCUUAGGAGAAGCUUCAAUGGAGGUGUGAGGAAGGUGGUUGUUUGGUGUGAGGAAACUUCCCAGAGACAUACUUGCACAUGGAGGAAGUUUCAUGGAUGUUACUCACAAUUGAAUUCUUCAGAUGGAGUCGCUUGUGAAAAAGAUAAGGAAUUACGAGCGUCCAACUCAGAUUUGAAGAAUCGAAUUUCAAAAAUGGAAGCCGUAUCUACUAAGCAAAAUGGUGAAAUUUGUAGGCUUUCCGGUGAAUUACAAUCAUUGAAGAAGGAAAACAAUGACCAUGCAACGCCUAGGAUGGAUCCACCAGUCCCUGUGAAGAGAACUGGGAACUCAAAGAGGAAGGUAACGGAUGACACUUCAGAACUCAAAUGCUACGCAACUAGGUCCAGGACCAUGAGAAGUAGGACCACCGAUGGAAUGAGUGGGAAGGGUGCAAUAGCUAUGACCAUUUCAGUGAAGAACUCACCUGGUUCAUUGGGAAAAAACACAGCCCCUGUGAAGAUAAAUGAACACUCGAGAAAGCGAAUGGAUGACACUCCAGCUAUGACCGUUCUACCAGUUCCAUUGAAAAGCUCACCAGCGUCAGUCAAGAGAAAUGAGAACUCGAAGAGAAAUCAAACGGAUGACUCCCCAAGACUGUUUACAUCUUCAUUCCAAAUACCCAAGUUGAGGAUCUCUUCAGCUCAGGUUGGAUAACAAGUUGACAUGAUCACUUUUGCCUCUUCCGUAUCAGUAUGAAAAACUGUAGAAAUUGAUGGGCAUGUAUCUCUGUGCCUUGCAUAGUUUUAGCUUGUAUGUGGUAGGGAAUUAGAGAUUCAGAACACAUUGCAAUAUGGAAAU